AUGAAGAUGCUGGAUCAUCCCAAUAUUAUAAAACUGUUCGAGACAUUGAGGGAUCAUCGUAACAUUAUUCUCGUCAUGGAACUCUGCACGGGAGGCGAGCUUUUCGAUCGGAUUAUUGAAGUUGGGCAUUUCACUGAAGUCCAGGCGGCUAUCGUCAUGCAACAGAUCCUCCGAGCGAUAUACUACAUGCAUGAGAACCAUAUAAUGCACCGUGAUUUGAAACCGGAGAACUUUCUCUUCUCCACAAAAGAGCCGCUUGAGAAGUCCUGUUUGAAACUCAUCGACUUCGGCCUUAGCACGAAGUUUGGCAAAGAUGAUACCAUGACGACCAAGGCUGGCACUCCUUACUACGUUGCCCCGCAAGUACUCGGUGGGAAGUAUAAUGAGGCAUGUGACCUCUGGAGCUGCGGCGUUAUAAUGUACAUUCUCCUGUGUGGUUACCCUCCCUUCUAUGGCGAGACUGAUGCUGACGUUCUCACUAAAGUGCGGCUGGGGAACUACACGUUCAACGCUGCUGAUUGGAAGGGAGUAUCUGAAGAUGCCAAGGACCUUAUUCGGAAGCUGUUGAAGAUCAAUCCUAAAGAUCGUUAUACUGCCGAGCAAGCUUUGAACCACAUAUGGGUACGCAACAAGGCUCCUAAGGCCCAGGGAAUGCCAUUGGAAGGGGCGCAAAUAGAGAACUUGAAGUCCUUCCGCA